AUGGCAGUAGCCGAUGUCGGAGAGAUUGGAUACAAUUUUCGCCUGGUCAGUACGACUCCACCUAUGGCCACAACUAUUCAGGAACAGCCACGCAACCUCAAGUCUAUGGCAUCUGGGCCCUCACAGUCUACCGAGAUGAUGAAGUCUGUCUCAAUGGCCGACACUCCAGAUGAAAACCACCAGGCAUCUGUGGGAUCCAUGCUGAACCUCAACGCCCAACUAUCUACCCCAUGGCCACCCUUCGAUUUUGAAAGUAUGCAAUUUGCAGAGGAUAACAUACCAGACGACUUUUGGUCUUAUCCAACUGAGAUACCUGGGAGCUCUCUGCCAUGGAAUGGAGACGUAACACACCUUCCCGAGUUUGAACCAACAAACAGCGAAAUCUUCAACGCAAUUCAACCUCCCCCGACCAGGUCAUUGAAUUCUGUUCAGACUUCAACUUCCGAUCAAUCUGUUUCAGGUCAUCUUGAUAUCAUCCAACACAUCACAGAGUACGAAUCAAGUGCAUCCGCACCGAGCGUCCAAUCGAAAUCCUCUUCUUCAUCAGAAAGCAAGUGGCUCGACAGUUUCAACGAAGAGGAGCGUUCAAUGUCUGUAAACCUGGACAAUAGGCUUUACAGUCCCUCUCAUCUCAUCUUCGGUCACACAUUCAUGGUCGGCUUGGGACAUCAGAUCCGGACUGACUCAAGCAGUCUGUGCCAGGAGAUGCUCGAGCAUCUGCGGGAAUAUCCCGGUCUCAUUCUCGACCGAGACUUUUGGUCCCCCUUCGUCCACCACAGACUAUACCGCUGCUCUUUGGGUGGAAUGGCACCACCAAUGGCAGACGCUUUGGCUUGUGUAGGUGCAUACGCGAGCACAGUCGGCUCAAAUUCCGGUUUGGUUGAUCGGAUGAUAUCCCAAGAGCGGGAGAAGCUUGUGCGGAAUUUCCACAGUUACACCGAUACCCCUGAAUUCUGCCUGGCUGCUAUGCAUGCUGUAUGCAUUUAUCAAACUAUUGGACUGUUCGGUGACAGCUUCUUACCUGCGGCUGUUAAAGAAGCAGUGUUUAGCAAUGGAAGUGAGGAGCGGCGGCAGGAGUUUGAGAGAUCUGCCGAACUCUAUAGCUCAUUCUUGUUGAAGAUGGCCCGACGACUAUCGAGUGUCCAUUCGAAGGCCCUCCAAAUCCACCACGAGGAUGAAAACGAUUGGAACCAAUGGAAAUUCAUGGAAUCCCUUCGUCGGAACUUCUUCUUCGUUCAUAUAAUCAACAUUCUGGACUCGCAGGCACGAAAGUUGAACGAGAGCUACUUUGAGCCACUGAACGACAACAUGAUUCUCAGGCUUCCACUUCCUGCUCCGGAACGAAUGUGGAGGGCGUGCAGCGCCGAAGAGUGGAUGAUUGCGCGUGCACAAACACUGGGACCUUCGAUUCCACCGAAGUCCCCUGGAAGUGGUGGUGAACCGUCUCUUCGGACACUGGGACAUGUCUUGCAGGCAGUCCAUGCAGGAAAGGUGAAUGUCGCGUCGUUAUUGCCACUAAAUCGCAUGAUCCUGGCGAGCGCUAUCAUUUCCCCACCAGGGGCUGCAUCAUUCUAG